AUGGCUGGUAUCGGGAUCUCUUGGGGGACCUCACAGCCUCAAGUCUCUCCUCAUCUUCUUCGGUCCGGUCCUGCUCCCUCGCCUCAUCACAGCCUACCGCAGUCUCCGCGUCUCAAUAGCGAGUCGCCCCCUCCGCGCCCAAUCCCCGCCGGCGCCAGCCGAGCAUUGAACCUCUUGUUCGCGAGCAUCGCCCUCUUCCUCAUCCUGAGCCUGCCGUUCAAUCCCCAUGCCCCCGAACCCAAUAUCUUCUCUCUCACCCGCUCGCGCAUCAACACCCCCAUCGAUGUCGUCUUCCAGAGACUGUCGCGCCUCCGGCCCGACAGCCUUUUGACCGACGCCGACGUGCAGCUCCGUGCGAGACUCACCUCCCUCGGUGCUCGCAAGGUGUACCUGACCUUCGGACCGGAUGCAUUGGUCUCAUGCCAAUACUGCUCGUUUGAGAACCUCAAUACCUACCUGCUAUACUACCUGCCGUUCCACGUGCUUCUGCCGCACCUGCUGCAUCUCUUGAUCCUGGGCCUGGCCACUUCGGCGCCCUUUGCCGGCCGCGAAUCGGCCCGCUGGCGCAUGAAGUUCACCCUUGCCGGCCUGGCCCUGGCUGCCCUCGACGUCUGGGUUGUGCCCCCCACCGGCCUCUACAAUCUGAUCACCUUGUUGCGGCCAUUGGCAUUUACGGUCUGUGACGUGAUUUGCUCGAUUGUGGUUUACCUCUCUUCCACCAAUCGGUUCUUUUUCAAGCCUCCUUCGCAGGCGGAUCAGCUGGACCAGGCCGUGUCGGCGGCCCUGGCGAUGUUGACGGGCGCCAACAACAAGCUUCACGCGGCGAGUGUAACCCGUAAUGCCGUCGUUCGGGACAAGGCUCUCAAGGCGCGCGACGAUGUCUACUGGCGGACCAUGGUGGCGGUCGAGAACCCCACUCGGGGCUCCGGCGAAGGUGCCGAGCGGAUCGAAGGAGUGGAGCGGGUGGACGUUGUAAACAACAUCUGGGACGAGGAGGAAGUGGCUCGAGCCAUGUCGCGGGCGAUGGCGGGCCAGGGAGGAAUCGAUUUGGCGCAGCUGGGACUGAAUGCGAACGAGUUUGAGACUGCCGGGGGACUAUACCAACCCGGUACCAUACCCAUAGAUCGAUUCAGCAUAGACCUCGAGCGGCUCAACUUUGUGAAUAUUCAUGACCCCAUGUCCUUCUGCUGGCUCUCGAGCAAGAAUCCUCCACAAUUGAGCAAAUCACCACCACCGCGAUUCGACGAGGCGGUGUGGAGUGUCGAUCGUCAUGUGUUGAGAGAGGUCUUGAACCGAGCUCUCACCGGUUCCCCCCACCCCUCAAUUCCUCAAUUCCUCUGCACUCUUCCGUCCCUCGCUUCACGCUCGGAUUCUGGUAAUCCUCUCGAAGUCUUUGUCCAGCCCUCGUUUCACGACUAG